AUGGGAGAAUCCAAUACUGCAGCACCACCAAGCAGAUCAAGAUCUCUAUCUGCAUCUAUAAAAGGCUUAUUUGGGAAAAACUCUAUAUCAAGCAAUGAAAUCAAUGGUAAGAAGGAGGCAUUUGUACAAUCUGGUACAAGAGAGGAUCAGCGAUAUAAUGAAGAACAUCAUUUAAAGAAAAUAGACACGAAGGCCUCAGUUCCUAAAAAAGACACUCAAUUGUCGCCAUUAUCAGCACCAGGUAGUUAUUUGAAAAAGUCAACAUCUAUAGCGAGUUCCCUUCAUUUGAAUAGUGGAAAGCAGUCAGUUACUUCUAGUCGAGCACAAUCCAUUAGCUCGGAUGGUAAUGGGUUUUUAUCACAAGAAAGCUUCAUAAGUGAAGAGCAUGAAGAUGAUAUAGAUGAUACCACAUACUAUGAUAAGUCAACGAGAGGUUUCACAAAUCUCAGUAAGGAAGUUGAAAGUUACUCGAUAUCAAGAAAAAAUAGCAUUCAGCAAUCAAGGAAGGCUAGCGUAGAUGAUAAUGAAGUAGAUAAGCGGAAUGCUCAUUUUCCUGAUAGUGAUACUACUAUUGAUAGUGUUUUGGGUGAUAAAAAUAAGAAUCAGAAGGUAAUGAAUCAAAUUAACAGUAUUAGUAACAUAUCAAGGUCUGGCAGUGUCCCAGCAAAUCCACCUAUACUUUCUUCGAAAAGUAGAAGAGGAAGUAACGCUAUGAGUAUCAGAUCACCUUCAGUGCGGUCUACCGCUUCGAUUGUAUCAGGAAAUUCCAACUCUGAAGUGAUUACUCCUAGUAGUAAACCAGCGACUCAAAAUAUAUCGGAAGAUGGCAAUAUCAAGAAGACCGAUAAUACACUGAAAUGUGUUAUUAAUUCGAAACAUUUUAAAGUGUACGAAAAUGGCUUCCACGAACACCAUUUGCCUGUUAUUGAUCUAGUUAAGGGUGAUUCGACGGAUUCUUUGAACUCUAGCACUGUAUCCAAAGGAACAGAAGGAAUAGAAAUAAACAGGCAAAAGUCGUCUUUUUCUUUAACUGGGAUAUUUAAAAAGAAGAAUGGUGACAAAAUGAAUGAACUACUAGAUACAGAACCGUUUGGAAAUGCAUCUUCAUUAAUGCCAACAAAAGCUUUUUGUCCGCGUUAUAAAACGAAGGAUGGAAGUAUGAUUGAAGAGCCGCUUGAGCAGGAAACUACACAUAAGAAAAUACCUAAAAUUGUCAACCCAUACGCGGCAGUUGGUUCAGAAGAACUGAAAUUAAUUACAACCCUUUCUGAUAAGAUUAAAAAGGGCUUAAAAAACAAGGAUGGGCAAUCCAGAAGUGGGUCGCAAUCAGGAUCGGCCUCUAGUUCACUCCAUACUAGCCCUGUGGCAUCAUCUACAUCUUUAUCCUCAAAAUUUCAUCACGCUUUGGUGACAUGUUCAGAGAAGUAUGGUGAUCCCGUUGGAGUGAUAGGUCAUGGUACAUAUGGUGUUGUGCGAGUUUGUUCACGGCCUCUGCUAAUUAGUGACAGCGCUCCAUUUCCAUCUUAUUGUAAUGAUAAGAAGCUCUUUUUCGCCAUAAAAGUGCUGAAGCCAAAGGAUGAUGAACAAUUAGAAAAGUUCAGUACUAGAGUUACCUCAGAGUUUAUAAUUGGUCAUUCUUUGAGUAGAAGACAUAAAGCCCAUGCACUGCAGAACAAGGUAUGUCCAAGCAAAAGGCUCGCUCAUAAAGCUCAAAGAAAGCUAGAUUGGGAAUGUCCAAAUAUAUUGAGAGUGAUCGAUCUGAUGGAGACAAAUAAUACAUUUAUAGAAGUUAUGGAACUUUGUCCUGCUGGUGAUCUUCAUUCUUUGUUGGUUUCUAGAUCACAAUCUGGCAAUGCUAUUGGCUCUUUACAUCCAUUAGAAGCAGAUUGUUUUAUGAAGCAAUUGCUCCGUGGUGUUCAAUACAUGCAUGAUCACGGUAUUGCACAUUGUGAUCUGAAGCCUGAGAAUUUAUUGUUUCAUCCGAAUGGUCUUCUUAAGAUAUGUGAUUUUGGAACCAGUUCAGUUUUUCAAACCGCUUGGGAAAAGCACGUCCAUUUCCAAAAUGGUGUCAUUGGAUCUGAACCGUACGUUGCACCAGAGGUAUUUCAACUUGGAAAGGAUUAUGACCCCAGACUUAUCGACUGUUGGAGUUGUGGUAUAGUGUAUUGUACAAUGGUUUUUGGGCAAUACCUCUGGAAAAUUGCUAUUGAGAAUAAGGAUUCUUUAUACGCAUCGUUCAUAUCCCAGAUGAAAGAUGAAAAUCAGUUCUCACUAUUUGAAGAGUUGAGGCAUGUAAACGCUGAUUUGAACAAACUCAGAAAAAAUGUUCUUUAUAAUAUGUUCCAGACCAAUCCAGAAAAGCGUAUAACUGUAGACAAGAUACUGCAUAGUUCAUGGAUGAAGCAUACUCGCUGUUGUGUUUCGUACAACCAUUCGGUGUAA